CAGAGAAAGCCCAACCUUCAUAACGUAAAAUAUCGGCGUCGAAAAUUUCGAUACGCGUAUAUGCAGAUCCACAAAUCAUAUUCAUGGUGGUAUAGAGCGCAUAUAUAAAGUCAUGGUGCUGGAACCAUGUUAUAUCGUCUCGAACCCAUCCGUUACUUUACAAACCUCUCCGUCACUAGCAUUAUCUUUUCAAAAUGAUAUCUGCUACCUUUCUUCCGUUAUGUCUUCUGGCUAUUGCGAGCUCUGCGUUAUGCGCGCCUACAGAACUCCAAUGGGGUCCAUGUAACACAACGGAAGUUAGCGGUCCUCUGCCUGUUGAGUGCAGUGCUUUGGAUGUCCCUCUCGAUUACACGCAACCCAAUUCCACAAAGAAGUUGAAUCUGGGGUUACUCAGGGUUCCUUCUCUCAUGAAACCAUCGCGAGGUAGUAUUCUUGUCAACUUUGGAGGACCAGGCCUUACGGCUCGGUCAAGUUUGGCAUCUUUAGGAUUAACACUUCAAGCGUGAGUAAUUUCUUGCCCUGAAACUAUUGGUAGACAAUCUUGAAGAAAACGGUACUGACUUUUGUAGACUCACAGGUGGUUAUUAUGACGUUCUUGCGUUCGAUCCACGGUAUGAAUUUACCUCCGUAUCCCUGUCUCCCAAACCUCACGCAACAUGCAAUAGACUUGGUCGUUGUUCUUCAUACGCCCUCGGAAGAUGUUGUAUUGGAAGUCUCGAUAUGCGCAAAAAUAAUUGUUUAUCUGGGAAACCUGACUGACAACAUUUAGAGGAACGGGCAAGACCUUGCCUUUCUCUUGUGUAUCGAGUGAACAUGAGGCCGUCUCCCUCUUCAGCGACUUGGCUCUCGGGAAUUCGUCCGACACAGCUUUAGGAAGACUUUGGGCCAAGGGUGAAAUAUUCUCCAACACUUGCUUACAGAAAGCAAACGAGACCGGAUCACUCAUUGGUACAGCUUUUGUUGCCAGAGAUUUGAUCAGUGUUGUCGAUGCACUUGGCGAGGAUGGACUAUUGAGAUACUGGGGAUUCUCGUAUGGUACUACUUUAGGAGCUACUGUCGCUGCAAUGUUCCCCGAAAGAAUUGAUAGGAUCAUUUUGGAUGGGGUGCAAAACCCACAUCAAUAUUACCAUGCUGCUGCGUGAGUUUCCGUUUGGGGGUUGAAAUUGAUGACCGAGGAAGGACUCCUAUACUAAUUGCUUUGAGUAGAGAUUUUGAAGAGUGGACUAUGUCUGAUGACUCGUUCUCUGGAAUAUUUACCUCUUGCAUCGAAGAUCCUCAAAAUUGUGUGUUGGCACAGGGUAACACAACAGCCGCGCAAUUGGAACAAGCGGCCUGGGAGCUCAUCGAAAGAAUCAAACAACGUCCCAUGGCCCUCGGAACUGCCCUUCUAGAUUACACUGCAAUCAAGAACAUCAUACAAGCGGAUCUAUACAAUACCGGAACUUGGCCGGAGCUGGCUUCAAUGAUGGCCCUCUUACUUACUAAAAACCUUGCAGUUCUCACCGCCCUCCUUGCGAGCUCUCCUCCCGUGAGCUCGUCAGAUUCAGCGAUAGAUGAAGCCAUGGCAGCUUUCGGAAUCCAUUGCGGCGAUAGAACAUUACGAGAAUCAUCAUAUGAUAAAUUUCUCCCGCAGAUGAAGAAAUUGAUAGGAACGAGCAGGAUCUUGGGAGAUAUCACACCAGCAAUCAGCAUGACAUGUGCGCAAUGGAAAAUGCAUGCUAAAGAAAUUUACCAAGGCGAUUUCCAUGUUAAGACCAAGAAUCCGAUUCUCAUUCUUGGAAACAAACAUGAUGCCUUCACGCCACUUGAUUCUGCUUACAACCUGAGUUCGACCUUUGAAGGUAGUGUUGUAACGGAGAUUGAUGGGUAUGGUGUGAGUGAACCUCUCAAUUGCACGUAGUGUGAUUCGUGCUGAUAUAUUACUUUAUUAGCAUACUUCUCUAGCUCUUCCUUCCGCUUGUACUAUAGGCGUUACUUCGACUUAUUGGUUGAAUGGUACUUUGCCUGCACAAGGGAAGGUCUGCAAAGUCGACAAAACACCCUAUUCCAAUGUUACCUGGACAGAUGUUAUUGUCAAGGUCCUUGGCAACAACACUUUUCUUCCAGAACUGGGUUCCACCGAAUCCGCUCCAGUUGUUGGUCGUAGGUGGUUGAUAUAAGAUGAGAAUUCUGUCGGUGGUGAUGGGGCUUGGGUCUAAUGUUUUAAUUCUCUCAUGUAUUAGUAGUAUGUACCUCGGAAGAAGUCCGACAAGUUCCAAGCUUGCUCAGUCCAGAAACCCGGCCUUUUUCUCAGCUGCUCCUCGGUAAAUAAAUUCAGCGGGUGAACAAAAACAUACCUCCC